AUGGCCAUUUUUACCUCGCCCCGGUCCCUCCAGAACAAUGCCUUCCAAGAUCCCGUGGGCAGCCUGAUCGCGGCAGGCGCCAACGCGCACGCCAGCCAUCCCUCGUUCGGACAUCUCGUGCUACUCGUCUUCGAGGCCGUGCUGGAGGUGGUCUGCGUUAGCUUGCCCGGUUACUUUGCUGCCCAACAGGGCAUGUUCGAUGCCGAUGCUCAGAAGCUUGUCGCCAACCUUAACGUCACGCUGUUCACCCCUUGUUUGAUCUUUAUCAAACUUGGCUCUCAAUUGACCGCGGAGACCCUGUCCGACUUGGCUAUUAUCCCUGCGAUCUUUGUCGUCCAGACGGCCGUCUCGUACUUAUGUGCCUUCACCAUAUCACGAUGCUGUCGCUUCAAGAAGCGCCAGGCCAACUUUGUGGCGGCGAUGGCGGUCUUUGGUAACUCCAAUUCCCUCCCGAUCUCCCUCGUCAUGUCUCUGUCGCAAACCCUUCAGGGUCUCCACUGGGACCGCGUCCCCAAUGACAACGAUGAUGAAGUAGCCGCCCGCGGCAUCUUAUAUCUGCUUAUCUUCCAGCAGUUGGGCCAGUUGGUUCGUUGGAGCUGGGGAUACCAUGUCUUGUUGGCGCCCAAGGACCGAUUUCUCGAGGAUACAGACAGCGAUGACGCCGAUCGGUCUCGUAUUGAGCAGGGCCAGGCGCGUUACACCGACAAUCCCGAGCAGACGGACCCGGACGAGCCCUUGCUGCGCACGCGCAGCUCGGAGCAUAUAGCUCACCCUGCAAAUGCCCACGCACAUGUCGAAUUUCAGUCUGGAGACCAGACCCCGGUCUCCACGUGCGGGUACUCCUACUCGAAAGGCUCAAAAGUGUCCUCCGUUAUUUCUGGUGAUGAAACAGUGGAGGGAAGUCAUGAUUGGGAUGACCCACCCUCAGCAGCCAUUGGACCUCCGCCCAGGGGACCCUUCCUCCCGCGCCAGAGCUCUCGAGGUGACAUGCUCUCAUUCCCAGACGUGGAGGCUACUGCGCGGGAAGCGCACGCCACAAAACAAACUUUCCUGCAGCGGUGGAAGACGUCUGUUCGGCAGCGAGGAGAGCGCAUCCGCAAAUUUUGGGAGAAGAAAUCGGAUGCCCUAUACGGGCGUCUCCCGCCUAAGGCUCAAAAGACCGUCUCUGCAAUCACACGUGGAAUCCGCCGCUUCAUGCGUGGUGCAUGGGACUUCAUGAAUCCACCACUGUGGGCCAUGCUCGCCGCCAUCAUCGUAGCUUCUGUCCCUUCCCUCCAGGACCUCUUUUUUGAUGAAGGCACCUUCAUGCGCAACUCAGUGACCCGCGCCGUCGAACAGAACGCCCAAGUCGCCGUGCCGCUGAUUCUGGUCGUGCUUGGCGCGAACCUGGCUCGCAAUACUCUUUCUGAAGAGGCCUUGGCGGAUAUGGAGGAUCCGCACGCAGAGCGCAAGCUGAUUAUCGCUUCCCUGGUUGCGCGUAUGCUCCUCCCGACCCUCAUUAUGGCACCGCUGCUUGCCCUGCUGGCCAAGUUUGUGUCUAUCAGCAUUCUCGACGACCCGAUCUUUAUCAUUGUCUGCUUCCUCCUUACUGGUGCGCCCUCGGCACUGCAACUGGCCCAGAUCUGCCAGAUUAACAAUGUCUACGUCGGGGCUAUGUCCAAACUCCUCUUCCAGAGUUACGUGGUCUGGAUCCUCCCGUCCACCCUCUUCCUCGUCGUCUGCGCCUUGGAAGUUCUCGAAUGGGCUCAGGCUUAA